GUGCACCAAUGUGCCAUUUGAAAUUGCUAGUUGUCUAUGAUUGAGAUUCACAAAGAUUAUCAUCCCAAUUUAUUAUGUUCAAGACUUGGAUAAUAAUACAGUUAACUGACUUGUACAAGUUAGGGUUGCCAAAUUAUUAUUUUUGCUUGAUGCUUAACAAGGGAUUCGUGAUUGAAGAUAAUCAACAGACUUGAAUCCUCUGUUUUUUGGAGAUCGCCGUGGUGGUGAAUCUCUGAAAUAGCCAACUGCAUACAUUAACAAAACUGAUGUAAGAAAUCCACAAGAACAACCUUAUGACUACAGCUUCCCAUGGAACUGUUGCUUCUUUCUCCUCUUCAUCUUCUUCUUUUGGCAGCUGCUCUGUCCGUGUUCUGGAGCAUGAUACUUGAAUUUGCGUUCCGCAGAUUUUGCUGUUGUUCGCAUAAAUGUUUGGAUCGUUUAAUCUGUCGAGCUGAGAGCUCCCAGGGAUUCUACCUGAAAGCUUGUUGUUGCUCAAAUCCAAAACAUCCAGCUCGCUGAGCCUGGACAACGUUUGCGGGAUUUUGGCCGAGAGGUUGUUGUACGAAACGUCUAAGAUCUCUAGCUUCUUGAGACCUCCAAAACUGUGUGGGAUCAAUCCAGAGAUGUCGUUUUGUGAGAGGUUCAAAAGCUUCAGGCUCUUGAGAUUGCCUAAAGAAGUUGGGAUUUCUCCUGAGUAGUUUGUUCUUGGAGAGGUCUAAGACAGUUGUGCUGUUCGUUUGGUUACCGCAGCUACCUGCGUCUGCGGCUGCGGCGAUUUUUUUAAAAAUCUUGUUCGUUUGAUUGACGCUGAUACCUGCGUUUGACGUCGAGACCUGCAUUUGACGCCGUAAAAUCCCACGGUCGUAAAUUGUGCGUCUAUUUAACCUAUUUAGAAUUCUGUCCUUAACCUAAUUAAUUAUUUACAAAAAAACCUAAAUCUAAUUGAAGCAGAUGCAGCUCUUCUCCCAUUGACGCAGAACUCUCUCCCAUCUCUCUCGAUCUCUUUCUCCAUCUCUCGAUCUCUCUAUCUCCAUCUCUCUCGAUCUCAAGCCCUCUCUCCAUCACGAGCCCUCUAUCCAUCUCAAGCUCUCUCUCCAUCUCUCUCUGUCACGAGCUCUUUCUCCAUCUGCAAGUGUGAGAUGACUUGAUGGUGCAAUGCGAGGAUUCGAGCUAUGUAUCCAUCACGCAAACCCAUCUCAAGCUCUCUCUUGAUCUCUGGCACUGACCCAUCUCCGAGUUCUCUCUCUCUCUCUCAAUCUCCGACCUCGAGCUCUCUCUCUUUGUGUUUCCCUGGAAAAGCUGUUUGAGUGUCAAUCGGUGGCUCUGCUGCUCUUGCACUAGCUGAGUGGAGCUCUCUCUUCUCCAUAGCAUCUCGAAGCUCUCUCUUCUCCAUAGACAGAUCUCUCAAGCUCACACUCUCUCUCAGACCCUCUCAAGUCUUCAGGUCUCAGACCCUCUCAAGUUCAAGGAGACAUACUUUGUUUGCAGCUAGCCUUCUUCACCAGAUAAAGCAGCCUUGAAUCUAGCUCCACUCGCGGUCAUAGUCUUUAAGGAGUGUCCUGGGAUUAGAAAAUCCGUAUGUAAAGAGAUUGAUAACAUGGAUAUGUUUGAAGCGGAAUUUGGUGGUGUGGUAUUAACUGGAGCUGAAGGAUGGAACGCUCAACAUGGAGAAACAAGUUUGGAUUCUAGAGUGGGUGGAGAUGAUGGUGGUGAUGAAGCUGAUUCUCAGCCAGCAGCUCAGGCUCAUUCUGGGAGUUCGAGAAGAAAAAGAAAGCGUAAGGAAAAAGAUAUGGUUGUAGAGGCUUGUGUGAAACGGACUGAGGCUCUUGAGGUGAAGAACAAGAUAGCGGAACGCAUGUUGGAGCGUCAAGAAGCUUCUAGUGUUGAGAAUGUGUUAGAGAUACUGUAUGCAUUGCCUGAAGUGAGAGAGUGGUCUCCAUUAUAUGAAGCAGCAUUAGAACUUCUUAUAGAUAGUGAAGGGAAUCGAAGAGCUUUUAUAACCAUGAAGACAGAUGAAGCUAAGAUUAGGUUUCUUGAGCUUAGGACCAAGAUAAAACGUGAUGAUUGAGUAGUUUGUGAGUUUGGUCUAGUCUUUUUUGUGUGAUCUUGCUGGAACUAGUAUGGAGUUUAGUACUAGUCUUUUUUUGUGAUCUUGUUGGUCUGAUCUUUGUAUGAAAACUCUGCCUUUUGUGGCUUUAUAAUCUUUAUAGUCUUAUAUCCAGUUAUGUGAUCUUGUUGGUCUGUUUUUUAUAAUUUUGAUUGAAUAGUUUCUUUUUGGUUGAAGGCACAGAACAUGUCUUUGAGUCUUACUGAUUACAGGUUACAGUCUUUGGUCUGAUCUUGUUGCAUGAAUGUAUACUGGUUUGUUCUUUGAGUCUUACAGGUUACUGGUUUGUUAAACAUGGCGAGUCUCGAGUCUUGGUAAUAUAUAUGACAUGACCAGUCUUUGGUCUGAUUUUUGCUUGGUUAAAUGUGUUCAUGAUUUGGUCUUGUUAUCUUGUUUUCAUUUUGAGUAUCAGAUAUUGGUCUUGUUACAGUUUACAGCAAACAUAUUGAUGAUGAUUUAUUAAAUAUGCUUUUGUAGAUGCUUGAAAGAUGAAUGUUGGAAGAUGAGGAUGAUGAUUAUGAUGAUGAACUUGGUUUGUUUGAUGUGCCUAUUACGGAGAGAUUGAGUCAUAGAACAGAUCGAGGAGCAGGAUGGCGACAUAUUCAACAACUGAUGUAUGAAUCUGAUCAGCAAUGUUAUGACAUUCUUCGAAUGAACCAAAAGACUUUUGAAGCUUUGUGCAAGAUGCUAGCUGAGCGAUAUGGAUUGAAAGAGACUCACCAUGUCUACCUUGAGGAAUCUGUCGCAAUGUUUCUCGAGACUGUUGGUCAAGAUAAGACGAAGCGAAAUAUUGCUGCAAGGUAUCAAAGAUCAGUGGAUACGGUCCAAAGAAAGCUUGAUGAAGUUUUGAGUGCUCUUCUCAAGUUUGCGGAGGAUACACUAAGACCACAAGAAGGCGAGUUUGGAAGAGCAAGUCCUGUUUUGAGGAAUGAUGAUCAGUAUUGGCCUCAUUUCAGAGAUUGUAUUGGAGCACUUGAUGGAAUAAAUGUCCCGGUUCGCCCUCCAAGUCAGAAUGCAGAAGCAUAUAAUGGCAGAAAGCAAGGAUCUACAAUGAAUGUUCUUGUUAUAUGUAACUUCGAUAUGAAGUUCAUAUAUGCAUAUGUCGGUGUACCUGGUAGAGCAAAUGAUUCGAAGGUCUUGACUCAUUGUGCGAGGAAUGAGGCUUCUUUCCCACAUCCUCCUCCUGGAAAGUAUUAUCUAGUUAACUCCGGAUAUCCGACGAGGACAGGUUAUCUUGGUCCGCAUCGUAAUAUGCGAUUUCAUCUUGGUCAAUUUGCUACAGGAGGACCGCCAGUUAGUGCACGGGAGUUGUUUAACCGAAAGCAUUCAGGUCUGCGAUCAGUGAUUGAGAGGACAUUUGGUGUAUGGAAAGCAAAAUGGAGGAUUUUGGAUCGUAAGCAUCCAAAGUAUGGUCUGGUCAAGUGGAUUAAGCUGGUGACAGCGACGAUGGCGCUACACAACUUCAUACGUGAUUCACAUCGGGAAGAUCAUGAUUUUGUACAAUGGCAAAGUGAUGAUGAUGGAGAUGGAGAAGGAGAAGAAGCUGAUAGUGACGGUGAUGAAGAAGAAGGUGAUGAUGAUGAUGAUGAUGAUGAUGAUGAUGAUGAUGAUGAUGAUGAUGAUGAUGAUGAUGAUGAUGAUGAUGAUGAUGAUGAUGGUGGUGGUGGUGGUGGACAUUUUGUAUAUGAGCCGACCGGUGAUAGAGCGAUGGAAGCUUUGCGUGAUAACAUCACAAAUGAGUAUGGUAGAGGUCGUUUACCGUAUUAAAUGUUUUAGUUAAUGACUUUUUUUUUUGCUUAUAAGUUUGAUUAUCAUUUAUAUGUGAUAUUUAUUAAGACUUUAUGUUUUUUUUUAUCAACCAAUUUGAUGUAUUAUUUAGCUUU